GUAGUAAUCAUAUCAAAUUAAAAUGGGUAUUUACAGACAUGACCAAUAUGGCAAUCAAGAGGGAGGCUGAGUCAGGUACCGAAUCUUCCUCACUGUUCUGCUGGUAAUAAAUACAUUUACCUUUUGAUUGAUCACAAUUUGGACAUAUAAAUUUGUCAGAGUCUUUGGAAUUAAGAAAAAACUCCAACUUGUAUUCCUCCUCCUUGUAUGAUUAUCUGCCAUUGGACGGAUUGUUUUCUUUUCCCUUGAACUGGCAUACAGGAAAGGAACAUGUUAUGAUCCGCCUCCUGCUUGAUUAGAAGGAUCCAUUCAUUGGCUAAAUGCUGCUUUGCUCACAUCUGCUGUGAUUUCUAAUAUUUUUAACUGGUUAUAUCAAAGGUUGAGACUUGACAAGCUGCGAACAGGAGUACGGAGGCAACAAUUUGGAUAUCAUCUCGCCUUGAUCUUGACUCUUUCAUUAGAAUUAGUCCUUUACUUGGGAUUGAUUUUGCUUUCGUGAGCUAUUCAUGGGGAACCACAUGCAAUUCUGCAGAUAUUUGGAUAUAUUUAUGCUUCUACAUUCAUCCUCAUCGGGAUUGUUUUUGCCUUUGUUGGCUACAUAUUCUACAGGAAGUUCAAAAUAUCUUCUCCAGAGAAUGCAAGGAAGAUCAAAAAUCGAGUGAUAAUGAGUGUUAUUAUUAUAUUUACUUCUUUUGUCAUCAGAGGCAUCAAUAAUUUUAUAGUAAUCAUCCUUGAUGGAGAAGAGACAAUGAGGCUCCAAUGGCUUGAAAAUGAUUCAGUCCCAAUCGCAGUGCUUCUAUCAUUGUAUUUUAUAACAGUGGAUGUAGUCCCUUCAGUAUAUUUAUCAUAUACAAUUAAAGUAAUAACUCAGGAAUAUAAAAACCGUCACAAAACUCGAUACUCAAAAAAUACUAGUUUCUUCAGAAAACAAUUAUCUUUCGGAGAGGUGCAACAUGAUCUUGUCGAUGAAAAUAGUGAAUCAUAUGAGACUUCAAAGGAGACUCUAGACAAGUCCAAGGCAAGUUUACAAAUGAGGGGUGAUUCCUUUUCUGAUAUCAACUAAUAACUCUAAGAGAUAUUUAUGAGCUCAUCAAUCUUGAGCGGAUUGGGCUUAUUAUAAACCACCAGU